AUCUGGAAACUCGUUCUAAUUUUAAGCUAACCAGCUAACUUCGAACCAACUGAUUUAGCAGAUUUGGGUAACUUGUUCCGCUGAUAGCUACAAGGCAUUUAUACGCCAUAUUUCAUUAUGGAGAUCUUCGAAACGUUCCGCUCUUUUUUCAACUUGUUUUGGUCCGUUUUUGUGGCAUAGCGUGUGAAAAUAACGCUGUUUAGUGGUAGAAGUUAGCUUAGCAUUGGUCACCCCAACACAAAAGCCCAACCUCCUCUGAGCCUUCUUGGACGGCAGAAGCUUAACUUUACUCCCCGGUUUCUUAAAAAAAUCAAGAUGUCUAUUCUCGGAUUAAAGAAGAAACAGCCAAAGACUUUCAAAGUCAAAGUUAUCACUAUGGAUGCUGAAAUGGAGUUCAGUUGUGAGGUUAAAUGGAAAGGAAAAGAUCUGUUUGAUCUGGUGUGCCGCACUGUUGGUUUAAGGGAAACUUGGUUUUUUGGACUGAGAUACACAGUUAAGGACACUUACGCCUGGCUAAAACCAGAGAAACGAGUUUUGGACCAAGAGGUUCCCAAGGACUCGCCCAUAACGUUUCAUUUCUUGGCCAAAUUUUUUCCUGAAAAAGUAGAGGAGGAACUGGUCCAAGAAAUUACUCAACACCUCUUCUUCUUACAGGUGAAAAAACAGAUAUUAGAUGAAGAGAUAUUCUGUUCCCCUGAGGCCUCAGUUCUGCUGGCAUCCUAUGCUGUCCAAGCAAAGUAUGGGGACUACGACCCAAACUUUCACAAGCCUGGCUUCCUGGCACAAGAUGAGCUGUUGCCUAAAAGGGUUCUGAUGCAGUACCAAAUGACGGCCGACAUGUGGGAGGAGAAGAUCACAGCUUGGUAUGCUGAACACAGAGGCAUCGCCAGGGAUGAAGCUGAGAUGGAAUACUUAAAGAUUGCUCAGGACCUUGAGAUGUACGGUGUCAGCUACUUCGCCAUUACACAAAAUAAGAGGGACACAGACCUGUUACUUGGAGUCGAUGCACAGGGACUUCACAUCUACAGCCCCAACAGCAAACUUAACCCCAACAAGUCCUUCCCGUGGAGUGGAAUCAGGAAUAUCUCUUACAGUGAAAAGGAGUUCACAAUCAAACCCCUGGACAAGAAGAAAGAUGUUUUCAAGUUCUACUCAUCCCAGCUGCGUGUCAACAAACUGAUCCUGCAGUUGUGCAUUGGUAAUCACGAUCUGUUCAUGAGGAGGAGGAAGGUGGACUCAAUUGAAGUGCAGCAGAUGAAGGCUCAAGCUAAAGAGGAGAAAGCCCGAAAGAAGAUGGAGCGUCAGAUCCUGGCACGGGAGAAACAAAUGAGGGAGGAAGCAGAACGAGCAAAAGAGGAGAUGGAACGAAGACUUUUCCAGCUGCAGGACGAAGCACGACUGGCCAACGAGGCACUGCUGCGAUCUGAGGAGACAGCAGACCUGCUGGCAGAGAAGGCCCAGAUUGCUGAAGAAGAAGCCAAACUUUUGGCCCACAAGGCUGCAGAAGCUGAGCAGGAAAGACAGAGGUUAGAGGUCACAGCCAUGAAGACCAAGGAGGAGAAAAGGCUGAUGGAGCAGAAGAUGAGGGAGGCGGAGCAGCUGGCAGUAAAACUGGUGGAGCAGUCUGAGAGGAGGCUAAAGGAAGCAGAUCACCUGAAACAGGACCUGACAGAAGCUAAGGACGCUGAGCGAAGAGCCAAGCAGAAGCUGCUUGAAAUCACAAAGACAACAUACCCGCUCAUAGCAGCUUAUUCUACCCCCCCUGCGCCUCCUGAACCAGCAGACUUUACCUAUGAAGCAGCAUCUAUGAAUUCACGACUCGACUUCAAAGACUCUGACAUGAAGAGGCUGUCAAUGGAGAUUGAGAGAGAGAGGUUGGAGUACAUGGAGAAAAGCAAACACUUGCAGGACCAGCUGAAGGAGCUGAAGUCGGAGAUCGAGUCUCUGAAGCUGGAGGAGCAGCAACAACAAGCCAACCUGUACAGCCUCCAUACUGAGGCCAGGGGAUACGUCCAGGAGCCUGUCUACUUACCUCACAGCAACCGAAACUCUGCCUACAUGUCUCAGAUGGCCUUCUUUGAAGAAGUGUGAUCCCAGUUCUUCAAAGUCAGGAAGGAAAGCACUUGUGGCUGUAACUCAGUGCUCCGUCAACACGUUUGGUUUCUUUGUACCUAACUGACACUAACAACAGACACAGAGUUGUGAUAAAAGAUAAAAACCUUUCACCUGUUUUAAACAGACACAGACACCACCCGCUACACUGCAGCAUGUGUGCCAGUUCUGUUAUCUACAUAUAAAGAAGAUAGUUGUGUGACAUACCUAACACGGACUCAGGAUGCGGUGCUGAAAAUGGAUGUAUGAACAAGUUUUUAUUUCAUGUGUUUUGUGUGGUUGUAAGGGAUACCUAGCCUUGAGAUGGUCAGAUAUAGAAAUAUCUCUCAUCUUGAGUUAUUGAUGCCUUAAAACAUUUUGAGACUCAAAUGGAAUUUUUUUUUAUUUUUUUAUUUUUAUUUCAAAUCAACAAGGAAUUUUUGAGAAACCCAAAUAUUAGAUUUGAGAAGCUACAGCUGAAUCUUGCUAGGGGAAACUACAGAUAUCUUCAUUGGUUGAAGGGAGUGUGUAAUACAGUAUUGACGAGUAUGAGUGCAGAGACGGUGUGUAGGGGUGAUACUGUGUAACAAUGAUGAAUUCAGUGUUAGGGCUUUUUUUUGUAUUUACUUCUUUCUUAAAUAUCUUGAACUGGCUUAAGUGAUAUCACACAGGUGCCUUUUAUUGUUUUUAGAGCCUGAUCAGAGCAGUUCAGAGACGUGUUUUACAGUUUCAAGCUUGAGCUCUGCCAUUUUAAAGACUUUAUAUUUUGUACUCCAGACUGCUGACAUGCCUUGAACAUUUUUUAUUUUGUAAUGAUUCAAGAUUUUAAGGUGUUCUUUGUUUUUGUGCUCAUAUGUCUUAGCAUUAGGCUUAACUUUGGUGUUGUGUUCCCUUUAUUAUUUUACAGGACAGACUGAGGACAUUCACUGAUUUUUAACCUAAGCUCAUGCACGUCUCAGGGUUAGUGUUGGAGACAAUCACUGCUGGUGGAAUCACAUUAGUUUUGUGAUACAGUGUUUAACAGAUCCCAACUAAUACCAUAUUUUAGAUCUUAUUUUGGAAUAUUACAGGCCAGAAUAAAGUAUUGGAUGACACCAUUUCUAAAUUGUCCUAAAUGUUUAGUUAUUUUUGCAUUUUUGCAUCUUUUUUAAAUUAACAGUUGUACAGGCUGAUACCAGUUUAUCUUCAACAGAACAAUACCAGUUGAUCGUAUCGGUCGGGCUCCACUAUUAAGCAAAGAUAAGUCUUAGAGUAUUUCACUUUUGUCAGCAGAUGAUACUCUGCGUCUCAUAAAGAAAAUGAGCUUGUCUGUUGCAUUUCUGAUUUCAUGCUCUAAAAGGGAGAAAGGCUGCAUGCCAACUGUACAACCUGAGAUUCUGCAUCUUUGUUUAUGUGGACCAGCCUAUUAGAUGGAUUUAAUUCUAUACAGAAACAUGACAAAAGAAUGGGUUUAUUAUGGGACUGUCAUUGAGAAACACUAACCUUGGUCUUGUGUAAUUAAUAUUCUGUUCAAAUGUGCUUGAGUUUCCUUUUUAUCCUUAUUUAUUUGCUCUAUAAAUCCUCCACGACAUUUCACAAGGUCUACAUUUGGGGUUGGGUUUUUUUUUUUGUUUGUUUUUUAUUGGGUUUUUCUUUUUUUGGCAAUGUUUAUUUUUCCCAUUUUCAAACCACAUUAAAGUCCAGUGUGAAAAAAUGAUUUUAUAUCUGGAAUCGUACGAAAGGUAUAAAUACUGUUACAGCUGUCUGUUGAGUUAUUAUGCCAAUGCUUUGUAACCUCAACUUGUGUAGUGUAUAUCAUUUCAUUACAACACUGACGCAGUAAUGUAUCUGUUUUGUGUGAUGCUUGUACACUCAUUAGGUUUUAUCUCGGGUUAUUUGAAAAUAAGUCUUGCCCAUUAUGUGUCUGUAAACACACAAUCCUCAGAACAACAUUCUUAAAAACCUGUUGUAAUCUGCAUUUGAAUAUCAAUAAAAAGUUGACAGGCAAUCUGACGUCUGAUUGAUGAUGAUGAUUUUUGCAGAAUAACCGAGUCCUACCGAGCAAUAUUGGCUAUAUACACUGGGUGAACUAUCUUUUCUAAGCAGUUUUUACAAGGCCCACUUUGUUGUGAGUCAGACUAGUUUGG